GUGAACUGUGUGAUGAGGUGAUUAACCACUGUGUUCCUGAUCUAAAUCCAUGCCAACACGAGUCCAAGUGUCUUCCCCUUGACAAAGGAACCAGAUGUGAGUGCUUGCCAGGUUACAGUGGAAAACACUGUGAAAUAGAUAAUGAUGACUGUGUGGGCCAUAAGUGUCACCAUGGAGCUGUCUGCGUCGACGCAGUCAAUGGCUACACCUGCAUCUGUCCGCAGGGUUUCAGUGGACUUUUCUGUGAAACUCCUCCACCAAUGGUUCUGCUCCAGACAAGCCCAUGCGAUAACUAUGAGUGCCAGAAUGGGGCCCAGUGCAUCGUCACACACCACGAGCCUGUCUGCCGCUGCCUCGCUAGCUUUGCUGGGCAGAAGUGCGAGAAGCUCAUCACAGUCAACUUUGUUGGGAAGGAUUCCUACGUGGAGCUGCCCUCAGUCAAAAUUCGCCCUCAGGCAAACAUUUCACUGCAGGUAGCAACGGACAAGGACAAUGGCAUCUUAUUAUACAAGGGAGACAAUGAUCCCUUGGCUCUGGAGCUGUACCAAGGACAUGUGAGGCUCAUCUACGACACGCUGAAUUCUCCGCCUACCACAGUAUACAGUGUGGAAACAGUGAAUGAUGGACAGUUUCAUAGUGUGGAGCUCGUCAUGCUGAAUCAAACUCUGAACCUGGUGGUGGACAAGGGGACUCCCAAGAGUCUAGGAAAACUCCAGAAGCAGUCUCCUGUCAGUCUCAACACACCCCUCUACAUUGGAGGGAUUCCAACCUCUACUGGAUUAUCUUCACUGCGCCAGGGUGCAGAUAAGCCACCAAAUGGUUUUCAUGGAUGUAUUCACGAUGUCCGCAUCAAUAAUGAGCUGCAGGAUUUCAAGGAUUUACCACAGCAGUCACUAGGAGUCCUUCCUGGCUGCAAAUCCUGUAAUAUCUGCAAGCAUGGUAUUUGCCGGUCCCUAGAGAAAUCAAGUGUGAUCUGUGAAUGUCACCCAGGCUGGACGGGCCCCCUGUGUGACCAGGAAAUUGGAGACCCAUGUCUUAACCACAAGUGUCUGCAUGGUAAGUGCGUGGUGGCCAAUGUUGCUUACACCUGCAAGUGCAUGGAGGGCUACACAGGCAUGUUCUGUGACAAGAAGAACAAUUCCUCAAAUCCCUGCAGGAUUUUGAAAUGCGGCCACGGGCAAUGUAAAAUUUCUGAGCAUGGGGAACCCUACUGCGAAUGCGAUCCUAACUAUAGUGGAGAACACUGUGACAGAGAGAACCUCUGCCAAGGAGAGAUAAUUCGAGAAGUAGUCCAUAAGCAGCAGGGCUACACAUCGUGCGCCACUGCCUCCAAAGUACCCCGCUUGGAAUGCCACGGCAGCUGCGGCAACAGGCAGUGCUGUGUUCCCCUCCGGAGCAAAAGACGGAAAUACUUCUUCCAGUGCGUGGAUGGCUCCACCUUCAUGGAAGAACUGGAGAGACAUGUGGAAUGCGGCUGCUCAAAAUGCUUAUAAGCCAUUCUCCAGUCUCUUGCCACUUUAAUCGACUCAGAAGCGCUAUUGAAACGGAACCUAUUUACUUUCAGAGUGAAGAAGAAGAAAAGGAAUAUUAAGUAUAUUGUAAAAUAAACAAAAAAUAGAACUUAUUUUUAUUAUGGAAAAUGACUAUUUUCAUCUUUUAUUAUAUAAAGUAUCGCACCACUUUGGAUAUAUGCAUCAUAUAGUGAGUUAUUUUUACCAUGAAACUUUUUUAACAGUUGUAAGAA